AUGUCGACUGUUGAGCGAAAAAGCCGGGGUCAAUCGCACAGGCCCGCGCCAUAUUCAAUGAAUGAAGCCCUGACGAAGAGAGAGCCGAGACUGUUGAUUAGAAAUAUUCCAAAAGACUGUACUCAGACAGACUUGAUUCCCCUCAUUCCAGUCCAGCCAACAGAAAUCAAGGCGAUAGAGUUCUUGAAGAAGACAGACAUGACACCCGCAGGUGCAGCCGUCGUUGUCCUAGCCUCGUAUAGCGGAAUGAGCAAAGCAGCCUUAGCCGAUGGGCGAGAGUUGAGAGGACACAAUUUAUGGGCUGUUAAGGAUGUGGAAGGGAUGCGCUCGCUCAGUUUGCUCCAAAAACUCGGGCACAAGAAUGAUCCCGCCGCAGCUUCUUUAAAAAAACCGUCGAGUAGCUCCCCCGUCGAGCCCGUGGAGAUCCCGGCGGAACUGAUGCAAAAAGUGGAUUUGACCUUGUUGAACAAUAUCAAAGCCGCGCUGAGCACUCUCUCUGGUGAAACAAAGCCAGCUCCAGUGGACACGGUCAGGCAGAGAUCCGUCAAAGUCCGAAACUUGCCAGACAGCGCGAGUUAUGAUAGAAUUUCACAGGUCUUUCUUGGUUGUGGUACAAUCGAGAGCAUCAGCGAGGCAAAUUACAAAAACGAAGUGAUAAUUAAGUUCACAACUGCUGAUGAGGCAGAUUUGGCAGUGCGCUUUUACAACGGGCGACGAAUGGACGGCAAAAGGCUUCAAGUCCUUUACAGAGAUCGUUAG